AAGUUUUUUUUUUAUCUUAAAACGGUUUAAAACAGUGAUUUUUACGGAAAUCAUUUAAUAAAACGAUUAUUUGAGCGUUUUUAAAUAUAUUUUAACGUUAUGGCAAAACCUCGCGCGUGUGUCGUGCCCUGCUGCCAGGGUGAAAAGUUCGAGCUGGUGCACAAAUUUCCCUCCGACCGGGAACGAGCAGAGCUGUGGAAAUCGAUUCUCAACAUACCGGAACUGCGACCGUUGGACGUGGACGUGAUUCGGGGACGGUACUUCGUGUGCUCCCGACACUUCCGGGAUGCGGACUACAAAAACAAACUGUCCCGAAGUUUGAAUGUUACGGCUAACCCUUCGCUUAAUUUGUACACACUGUGCGAUUCGGAAGGAUUGAGCCGGAUUGCUCCCCCGAUGGUGCGGCCCGGUCAAACGAUUGAAUCCGUCGCUGGGAUUAGUAGUAAAGAACCGACCUUCGUAACGGUUAGCUUAGAUCUUCAACCUGUCGGCAUAGAACAAAACCUGGAAAAAGCUGCUUACGUUGAAACGUUAAUUCAUACUGAAGAAAAUGUACAGGACCCGUUGAAAAAAUCUCCGGUGCUCAAUCCUGUUAGGAUUAUUAAACGACCGCAUCGAGCUGUUUCUCUGGCCGGGACUACACCGGCAAAAAUUUUUAAAUUUAAGCAGGAACCUGGAACAACAAUCCAAAGAAUCGCAUUUGCUAAAGUGUCGCCAGAAAAGAAGGAAAUCGUACUAAAAAGGAUCAAAAUGAUGCCAUGUCAGAACGAGCAAGUCUUUGAAGCCACCCGUGCCAUCGAUCAGUCAAAACCGAUAAUAAGAAAAACCGCAGAAAAAGAAACAGUUUUCACCGCGUCAGAAAAUUCGACAGAUAAUCAGCCAGAGAUGGAAACGUCCAUCGAGAUAUUGCAAUCUCAACCUGAAUCUGAGCCUCAACUUGAAACGGAAGAUAGCAAAACGACAAAAGUUUUGGCUCUGCUCGAGUGUACCCCAGAAAAUUUGGAAAAGCUUCGGCUCAAAAUGAAGGAUGGCGUAGUUCCGUUCGAUGAAAACCUGUUCCGAGAAAUUACCGAGGACAUUGAGCCACCAGCAUCCAAACCGAUCCAGCAAAUCGACGAUAAACUGUUCCUUACGUUGGAAAGGCCCGUUCCGGUUGAGGAUGAAAAUGGAGAACCAAACAGGACGUUGCGGAUUAGCUACGUUUGGCUGAGGGACAACUGUCGCUGCAAGGAGUGCUACAACCAUGAAACGUUCCAACGAUCGCUGUCUGUGCUGGACAUCCCCGAUGACGUGUGUCCGUCGAGCUAUGAAGUACAGGAUCAAGCGCUGAAUGUAAUAUGGAAUGACGGACACACUUCCACUUACGAGUUGAGUUUCCUUUACGAAUCGCAAUACGAGGAUUAUCACAGGGCACUGCUUCAGGAACACUCUCAACCAGUUCUAUGGGAUCAGGAGUUGAUAAGUCUAUGUCCCGAGUACUGUAGGGUAACGUUGAACGAAUUGCUCUGUGACGAUGACGUCAUACGUCGAGUGGUGACCAGCUUGAUAUUGUAUGGAGUGGCGUUCAUCGAAAAGGUUCCUGCAAAUCAGCAUAGCACAGAAAUGGCUGUGACCCGGAUAUUCCCCGUGCACAAAACGCUGUUCGGAGAGAUGUGGACUUUCAGUGAUAGCAUGGAUCACAGCGAUACGGCGUACACGAAAAACUAUCUUGGGCCGCACACGGACAAUACCUACUUUUCCGAUGCAUCCGGACUUCAAAUUCUGCAUUGCAUCCAGUUCAAUGGAACUGGAGGAGAGACAAUCCUGAUCGAUGGUUUUAAGGCUGCGGAACAGCUUAAACUCAAUCAACCGGACGUGUUCGAUCGAUUGUGCCAAUAUCCAGUGACGGCGGAGUACCUUGAAGAAGGCAAAAAUCACACUUGCUGUGCACCGGUCAUAAAAAAGAACAUUAUCACCGGAGAGGUCGAACAGCUCAGGUUCAACACCUACGACCGAUCAGUUAUGAAAACCAUUCCCCAGGAACAGAUUCCACAGUUCUAUCGGGACUACAAGCAGCUGGCCGCCGAGAUCAACAACGAAUCGAUGGCGUGGAAGUUCCGGCUGACUCCCGGUACGGUAAUGAUAUUUGACAACUGGCGGCUGCUGCAUGGCCGAACAGCCUACAGUGGCAAACGAGUCAUGACCGGUUGUUACGUGUCGCGGACCGAGUAUCAAAGCCUGGCGCGAACCCUGGGUAUCAUCUCGUGAAUGGUCGUGGUGAGUAGAACGUUUGCAAUACAGUUAGAUUAUAAAGCGAUGAAGCAACAUGAAUACAGAUAUGUCUGUAACAAGUGGGUAAAAAUUGUGGAUUGA